UCCCCAAGGCAAUAUGUCAUACAGGAUUGUGCUGCAGUUACAUGUGACAACCUUCAGCACUAUAUCAGAGACGUCAAUUUUAGAAACCCUCAACAAUGAUGUUUAUAACUUGACUAAUGCUUCCCACCUGUACAAACCCUACCGUGUCACAGUGACCCCAUAUUUUGAAG